CCUGAGCCAGGCAAGCAGGCAGGCAGGCAGGCAGACAGACAGGAAAGAGAGCAGACCCGGGUAAUUAACACGCGCGUUAGUUGGAGGAGGAGGAAGAAGACGGAGUGGGUCAGACCCUGGGAACCUAAAAAGUGUCCGGCAUUGUGGCUUUUGAUCCGUGGACCCGUGAGGAGCUGUUGUGUGAUCCCAGGUGGAGAUCAUGGCCCUUCACCCCCGCCGUGUUCGGUUAAAGCCAUGGCUUGUCGCCCAGGUGGACAGUGGGAUGUAUCCAGGACUUGUGUGGCUGGACAGAGAGGUGAAAAGGUUCCAGAUCCCUUGGAAGCAUGCCACUCGACAUAGCCCCCAGCAUGAAGAAGAAAACACUAUAUUUAAGGCUUGGGCUGUGGAGACUGGUAAAUAUCAAGAAGGCGCUGAUGAUCCAGACCCAGCAAAAUGGAAAGCCCAGCUGCGCUGUGCACUUAAUAAGAGUCGGGAGUUUAAACUUAUCUAUGAUGGUACCAAAGAGGUUCCAAUGAAUCCUGUCAAAAUGUAUGAGGUGUGCGACAUCCCUCAGUCCCAGGGCUCCAUUAUCAACCCAGGUUCUACUGGAUCAUCUCCAUGGGAGGAUGAGGAGUAUGAAGACGAAGAAAUAAGCCAGUCUCAGCAUCAUGUACCCAUCCAGGAACCUUUUAACUGUUUAAAUAUUAAUGCAGAUUCCCCAAUGGGUCCUGCCAGUGUGGGCAACUGCACUCCUGAGCAGAAUUGGACAAAAUCGGAACCUCAAGACAUGGAGGUCCCCCCAACACCAGCCCCUGCUGACCUCUUUAGCUCACCUGAGUUAUGGAUUAGCUCUCUUCCAAUGACUGAUCUCGAAAUCCAGUUUCUCUAUAGAGGGAAAGAAGUUGGUCAGACUGCAACUGUUAGUAACCCUCAAGGCUGUAGGCUGUUCUAUGGAGAUUUAGGACCAAUGCCCAACCAGGAAGAGCUGUUUGGCCCCAUAAGCCUUGAGCAAGUUCGGUUCCCUGGUACAGAGCAGAUAGUGAAUGAGAAGCAGAAGCUGUUCACCAGUCGCCUUCUGGAUGUUAUGGAUAGAGGUCUUAUUCUAGAGGUUAGCGGACAUGCCAUCUAUGCCAUUAGGUUAUGUCAGUGCAAAGUCUACUGGAAUGGACCCUGUGCCCCAUCUCCAAACACACCAAAUCUUAUUGAGAGGCAGAAGAGAGUUAAACUGUUUUGUCUGGAGACCUUCCUAAGUGAACUUAUUUCCCAUCAAAAAGGGGGUUCCAGCAAAUCUCCCCUUUAUGAAAUCUACUUGUGUUUUGGUGAGGAGUGGCCAGAUGGCAAACCCAAGGAGAGAAAGCUCAUCAUUGUGCAGGUAAUUCCAGUGGUUGCACGUAUGAUCCUUGAGAUGUUUUCGGGAGACGUCACACGCUCCUUUGACAGUGGGAGUGUGCGCUUACAAAUUUCAGUCCCUGACAUCAAAGACAACAUUGUCACUCAUCUAAAGCAGCUCUAUCGCCUUCUACAAAAUCACCAAGGUCCUGAAGCCUGGCCUCUACUUCACCAACAAAACAUGCACAUGGCUCCAGCCCUACAAGCCCAAUGAGCACUGAUCUGCCAUUCUGAACUUUUACCUUAUAACCAUCAUCGAUUUCAAUAAUGCUAUAGUCUUCAAAGACUAUGUGUAACCUUUUUAGAAGUUUUUUUUUUUUGUCACCAAAUAAAAAAGGCCUUUUUUUUUUCUUGAUACUAGAAUUAGGAAUUGCUUGUGACCUGUGUAUAAGUGCUACUUCUAUGAGUAGUUAAAAUUUGAAUGUAUUCAAAAUUGUAAAUCACACAGCCUCAACCCAUUGUGCUUCUCCAUUUUUAACACUUUUUUAAAUGGGCUUUUGCAAUUUCCAGGUUAGUGCCUAGAAUGUGUUGGCUUUUAGUGCCUAGAAUAUGUUGGCUUUUCUGUAGCAUAUGCAGCAAUAACUGAAGUGUCUCCAAAUGUUUAGCACACUCUAAAUACUUUAUAUUUAUUAUAUUCUUUAAUACAGCACAAAAUAUAUUGGCAUUUUCAAUGAAAUUGAGAAUAACCCAAAUAAAAUAUUCCUUUUAAUUAAACAUGCUCAUCGUGGUUGGCAUGAGCUCUCGUUUCAACAUGCUUCUAUGUAAUGAGCCUUUUUCACUCCAGUAAAUUUACUAAAUGACUUACAUUUUAAUAUUUUUAUCAGAAAUUUUCAUUUUUUUUGUAAAAAAAAAAAAUU